AACGAACACCCAUCUUACUAUACAGUACUAUAUUGCAGUUACGUCGCAUGAUAAAGCCCGGUUAAGUUGGACUCUACUGUUUAAGUUAAUAGGGAAUGACUGAUGCCAUUACUGACGGGGACGGAAUAAUCGACACAAAUGCCGCCAAUUCGAGUUUGUCCCCGGCCGAGCAACGGAAGUUAGAAAAAGCGGAAAAGUCGCUGCAGAAGAAAAAAGACAAAUGGAAGGUUUUUGUUGACUUCUUGUUACGUCAUAUUGGAAUUGUGACGACAAAAUAUGCGGCUUGGGAACGUGACGACUUUGAAUCAUUUAAGGCUGCACUCGAAAAGGCCCAAAUUCUGGACGAAAAAGAAUCUUCUAUCACGGCGAAGACGUACAAGAAACUGAAGGAACGAUCCGAUAUACUUUCCAAAAGGAGAUAUUUCGGAGAGAGUAACAAAAUACGAAAGUACAUUGAUUUGGUUGCUCGAAUGCGAGGCUUGAACCUUAUAGCACGAGACUUUUAUAAAUCGAUAAAGAAAGGGAAACUGGAACCUUUAGAAAACGUAUUAAACCACCUGCAGUACUGGAAGGGGUUCGUUGGAACUUCGUUUGAUAUUGGCGAACUUAACCCGAAAGGAAUUGACUCAAAUCAUCCAGGCAUGAAAUACGUCAUGUGGUUAUGUUUACUUCGUACUUUGCUCAACCUUGGACAGAAGUUUCUGCAAUGCGCGUCAGAGCUGACAGAAAUUCCUCUUGUGUCAGAAUCAAUUUAUGUCAAGUUCAAUUUAACAGAAGACCAACUUGUUGUCUGCACGAGACUCGAAGAAAUUUUAGUCACUCAAGUUACAAGAGCAACUGGAGUCCAAACAAGUUACGGAUCACGAAGCAGUAUUAACUUCAGUGGAAUGCCGUCUGGACUUAAUUUAUCCAAAAAACUCCAAUCCACGCCAGAAAUUCAAUUACCCGGCGAAUCAGACCACCUGACAUUCGAACUACCUCCCGAUCCACCGAAAGAUAAGAAGAAAAAGAAAAAAGGGAAGAGAAAAGGAUCGGGAAAAGGGAAAGGAAAAAAAAGAAAAAAGCGGUGAAACGAGAGAACUAAAAUUUGAUAAUUGAUGCCGAAACUUGGCAUAUUGCAGUUUUAUUUAAUUGAAACACGAAACGGUACAGUACGUUGACAAAGUAUUUUUUCUACACCUUUGCCUGCCAACCUAGGUUUAGUACCAACAAUUUAUAAACAAACAAAUCUAGUGUGUGAAAAAACAAAUGGAGUGCAAUACUGCAUUCGUAUAUCUAUAAACUGUGUUAUAAGUAUAUCAUUUGACAUUUGCAAAACGCUAAACAAACCGUCAAACAGCAAGUUUAAAAAAGUCCGUUUAAAACCACAGUUCCGGUCCCUAAUUCGAUAUAUAGUAGGGUGGGGAAGAUGGGACACCUUUUUAUUCUGUUUUCUUGCCAGUUUGGUAGUAAAUAAAGAAUAUUCAAAGAAAUAUAAAACCUCAUCCUCAAGACUCAGUUAAUUAUUUAGAACAGAAUUCUUGGAUAUUAUGUGCUAUAGAUGUCCCGCCUCCCCCCCCUACUAUGUUAUAUAGUACUCGUUCACGCUAAUAUAAAUUUUUAACCCAAACAUUUUUCUGCAUUAGCCCUUAGAUUAAUUUCGCCAAACGAGAUGAAAUUUUGUUUCUCACUCACUGUGUAACACCUCAAUAAAAGACACUUAUGUAUUUUGCAAA